UUUCCCUAUAAAUAUUAAAAUCAAAGAGGAAAGAACAUCUCUACUCAUAACCAACCUAUUCUUCUCAUCUUGCUUAAAAAAACUCUCUCUCUCUCUCUCUCACACACAGUCUGUUCUCUUUCAAAAUGUCUCCCCAACUGAAUUCGGAAGCUUCCAGAAUCUCAACGGUGGUUCCUGCAACUCCCCGAGGCGAAGACGCCGGUGAGUACAACCUAAACUACAUGGACUUGCUGAUGAAACUCCACUACAUCCGAUCCAUUUAUCUAUUCGAUUCUGAAGCGGUUCAAGAUCUCUCAAUUUCCAAUUUAAAAGCACCGAUGUUUCCACUGCUCGAUUCAUGCUCUCACGUUUCGGGUCGGGUAAGAAUAUCGGAAUCAGGAAGACCGUUUAUCAAGUGCAACGACGCCGGUGUUCGAAUCGCGGAGUCGCAGUGUGAGAAAACGUUGAAAGACUGGAUGGAUGAAAAGGAAUACUCCAUUGAUGGACUCGUACACGAUCAUGUGCUUGGUCCUGAUCUUGCGUUUUCUCCUCUGGUGUUUAUCAAGUUCACAUACUUCAAAUGUGGAGGACUCUCAGUGGGACUGAGUUGGGCUCACAUUCUUGGAGAUGCAUUUUCAGCUUUUAACUUCAUCACCAAAUGGAGUCAUUCACUAGCUGCUCAUUCUUCACCAAUAUCUCUUCACAUAUCAAAUUUCACCAAACCUAAAUUCUUAUCAAAUUCUAUUUGUGACUAUCCAAUUUCUAUUAAAAAGGCCACACUUGUUGAUAACUAUUGGCUUGCUGCUAAUGACAGUUAUGUAGCUACUCACACUUUUCACAUCACUUCCAAACAACUUCACCAUUUAGCCACAACAUUUACAUCUACCAAAACCAAUAUAAAGUAUUUCGAAAUUAUUUCAGCUAUGAUAUGGAAAUGUAUAGCUCAAAUAAGAGGAGAUUUUGGACCUAAGGUUGUGACAGUAUCCACUACAAAUGUCUCCAAUGGCGUUGAAAGUAAAUUUCCAACAAAUGACUUAGUAUUGAGUAGAAUCGAAACAAAUUUAUCACCAGGUGAAUCUAGUUUAUCGGAGUUAGUGAAUCUGAUAGCUGAGAAAAAAAUGAAUGAGAAUCAUGUAUUGGAAAAAUUUGUGGAAGAAAGUGAAGGAAAAGGAGAUUUUAUUGUGUAUGGUGCAAAAUUAACAUUUGUAGACUUGGAAGAAGGUGAUUUUUAUGGGGUGAAGAUUAAUGGAAAGAAACCUAUAAUGGUAAACUGUGAUUUUCGUGGUGUAGGUGAUGAAGGGGUUGUUUUGGUUCUUCCUGGACCAGAAGAUGAUGAUGGUAAGAAUGGAAGAAUGGUAACAGUUUCACUGCCAGGAAAGGAACUCGACCAACUGAAAUGUAAACUAGAAAAGGAGUGGGGUAUACAAUAUUAUUCACGUCUUGGAUGUUGAUUUUAUGAAAACAUGUAAUGGUCUAGUUAACUACGAUGUUUGACUUGUUUUUCAUUCUUUUUAUUGUUUAUUGUUAUUUGCUAUCUUGCAUUUCGUUACUAAAUAUAUGUGAGUCAAGUAAAUUUAUCUAUUAAUAUUCACAUUCUUAAAAGUAUGGAGACAUGGAAACAUUGAAGAAAUUAUUGUAUGGUAUGUAAUUUGAGUGUGUUUUUUUAUUUGUAUAAGUUAAGAAAUUAUUGUAUGUUAUGUAAUUUGAGUGUGUU